UUUACAAGAACUUACAAUAGAUAUUUUAUAUCCACAUCAAUCAAGAGAUAUAAUCAGCGCUAUGAUGAAGACUUGCUCAAAUAUCAAAUACUUGGCUCUUCAUAUCAAACAAAUUGAUACUACCGAUGAAUUUAAUAAAUGUGAAUUUUUUCCUGAAUCUUUAACUUAUUUAGAUUUAGAUUCUUAUAUUACUCCAAAAGAAUUAGAACUUUUAUUAAGAUCUACUACUCAUAUUAAUUUUAAAAAAGUUGGUUUAAAUUCUACUAAAGGGAUUACCGAUGAACAUUUACAUAUUUUAAUGAAAUAUUCCGAAUUUUACAAAAGUCUUGAAGAAGUUACUUAUGAUAGAUGGGUGGUUCAACAUAUGAAUAGGUUUGAUAGAUUUGAUAGAAGGAUGAUGUUUACUUGUAAUAAUGGUUUAAAAUUUUCAGAAUUAUCGAAUGAAAAGAUGGAAAAAGCUGGAAGAUUUAUUAAGGUUAUUAGAAGGGAACAAUUUUUACCUUUUGAAAAUCCUUUAACAAAAUAUCAUGAUUAUAAAUUACCUUGGGAAUAG